AUGGUUGUACCUAAAUCACGAAAUAGUAAGGUAAGGGUGAAUAUUGAUGAAAUUCUUCGAAUUGGUUCAGUGAUGGAGCGUAUCAAUAUUGAACAACGAAGUAGGGAAGCGUUCGAUUGGCUGGCAGAAAAUCGUGAUCAAAUGGAUAAUAAUCCAAAAAUUUUCACAAAUCAUUUAAUUGCCGCAGUUGGAGAAUUGGUCAUGGAAAAAUUGAUAAAAGACGGAAUUGUCACAUCAAAUGAGUAUGACAGAAAUUUUCGACGUUUUGAAAGUUCUUCUGAUGAACAACUACCAACAGUGACGCUUAUUUCUUAUAUACUUAAGGAAAAUUGUGCAUAUUUUCAAAUUGGUGAAAUGUAA